AUGGCUUCCAACGAAACCACCAAGCCCAAGGCUACCAAGAAGUCCGUUGCUAAGCCUGCUUCGGAAACUAGGCGUGACAUAGUGAAAGAGAGGCUCGAGUUCGUACUUACCUGUAUCGAGGUGACAGGAAUCAAGCUUACUCGUCUCCCACUCAUCACGCACAAGCGUCUUCAGCGUGCUCAGGAUUAUGUGGAUAAGCUUGCGGAGGCUAGAGAGGCAGCCCGGCAGGACGAUAACAAGGCUGUUGAAACCAGUCAGGAUGAGGAGGCCUGA